AUGUCGAGUCCUGUAAAUGAAAGGGGGCAAUCCUCCUUCCCGGCAUUCGCUCCCAACUACGAUGGAGAGAAUGCAUACCAACGCUCCUCAGACGAAGAUCGCACUCUGCGGAACGACGAAGCUGAAGAGGUCGACGAUCCCCUCCUUUAUCACGAUAUAGAUAUGAGCGAUAUGGACCACAACCACCUGCGUACGACUACAAGCUAUCUCAAUGGGCCGGAUCACAUUGGCAGAGAGGCACGGGGUCUGUCUCCUUCAAUGUCCGUAUCCCAGCAGAGGGCAGCAUCCCGGCGGCUACAAGAUGAUCUUGAAGUGCUCCGCGCCGAGCGGGUGGCAUCGAAUACUACAAAUGAAGAGAGCUUAGCCCGAUCGAAAUCGAUACACCGUUCCAGAUCACGUACAGUUGCAGAGCCCAUUGACGAUUUCGAUGUUGGAACUACACCCAUACACGAGAAGACAAGGGUCUAUCAACCGCCAGCAAACCCCACCACCAAGUUCUCCAAAUUAUUCAAGAAGAUCCAUAAUUCCAGUUGGCUGGUUCGGUACUUCUUUUACAUUUCACCAGUCACCAUCAUCCUACUCAUUCCAAUGCUCCUCGGACUUCUGGUGUUCAAACAAUCUGCUAUUGGUGGGGUUAAGCUCUUUUGGUUUGGAAUCUGGCUGGAAAUCGUUUGGUUGACACUAUGGGCGGGAAGAAUUAUCGCCAAAUGUAUUCCCUACCCAAUGGGUCUCGUCUCCAGUAUUUUUACCAACAACAGCAAGAAGUGGAGGGAUCUUGGAAAGCAACUCGAAGUUCCAGCCACCAUAUUUUUCUGGUGGCUUGCCGUCGAAAUUUCUUUCCUACCUACUAUGAAAAAUCAUCACAUAGACGGCAAUAAAGCUACGAAAGGUUGGGAGAAGACUGUUAACAAGAUCAUUAUUUCCAUAUUCGUCGGAUCAGUCCUGAAUUUCGUAGAAAAGAUCAUCAUCCAGCUCAUUGCCAUCAGCUUCCAUCUCAGGACAUAUGCCGACAGAAUUGAUAUUAACAAGUUUCAAAUAUCUAGCUUAACCAAGCUUUAUACUUACUCGAAAGAUAAAAUCGCCAUGGAUGAUGAAGAGUUCGAGGUCAAGAACGAUACCGGCCCAUCGUCUGGAACUAGAACACCCAUGGCAUAUAUGAGCGCGGCGCAGAAGAAAACACGUCAUGUUUUCAACAAAGUUGGCGAUGUCGCUGGAAGAGUUGCCGGGGACUUUACCGGAAAACAAGUCAAAGGCAGUACUCACCCAAGUCAAGUAAUAAUCCAGCUUCUGGGUAACACGACUGGCUCCCAGGUCUUGGCCCGUCGACUCUAUCGUACUUUCGUCCACGAAGACUCCGAAACCAUUUUUAGUGACGACCUGAGAUCCGCAUUCGACAAUGAUGACGAGGCCGAUGCAGCAUUUACCAUGUUUGAUAAGGAUCUUAAUGGGGAUAUUUCCAUGGAGGAACUUGAGGCCGUCUGUGUUGAAAUUGGCCGCGAACGUAAAGCCAUAACUGCUUCUCUGAAAGAUCUCGACUCGGUCGUCUCAAAGCUUGACGACGUAUUCCUGUUCGCCGUGUUUGUAGUCACAAUCAUUGUUUUCGUAUCUCUCAUCUCGACAUCUGCGUCGGGUGUACUGACGUCGCUUGGCUCGUCUCUGCUCGCUCUGUCAUGGUUAUUUUCUGCCACCGCACAAGAGUUUCUGCAGUCUUGCAUCUUCGUUUUCGUCAAGCAUCCUUUCGAUGUGGGAGACCGAGUCACGAUUUACGGAAAUACUGGGUCUGCGCUGAAAGGCGACGAUUACUUUGUCAAAGAAAUUGGCCUCCUGUACACCGAAUUCAAGAAGAUGGAAGGUCACGUUGUGCAGGCGCCAAACAGUUACCUGAACACACUUUUCAUCCUCAACCAACGCCGAUCCGGAGGACUUGCUGAAGCUGUUCCUGUCACUAUUAAGUUUGGCACCACUUUGGAACAACUCGAGACGCUUCAUAAGCGGCUACUUGAGUUCGUCACGUCCGAGAACCGCGAGUACCAAAAGAACAUUCUCACCGAGUUGACUACCAUUUACGAAGCUCAUUCUAUCACUAUGAACGUUGUUUUCUUCUACAAAUCCAACUGGCAAAACGAGGUCCUGCGUAUGCAACGCCGCAACAAGUUUAUCUGUGCUUUGAUGGUCACUAUGGAUGAGAUUGGUAUGGAGGGUCCACGUAUGCGUCUCGCUGGUGCUCAACCCAACUUCCCAAUGCAUCUGCAGGGAGCAUAUCCCGAGCCUACGGCUACCAACGAGAAUCAAAAUCCAGGAGGACCAGGACCCCGUUCAGGUUCCUUGGCACGCGAACGAGAUCCCGCCUUUGUCGAACGCCAAACGAGCAUUUCUGGCCAACCACUCAACAACCAUCCAUCUAUCCUUCGUAACAGGGCUGGUACCAGUAACAGUCGCCACCGAGGAGAAUCAAUCUCGGCAAUGGGCAAGCGUGUUGAUUUCUCUCUCGGCAUGUCCGCCAUCUCUUCAGGUGCCGACUUUGGUGAUGUGUUUGAUGAUCCAAAGCCACGUCUUCCAACUCCGAAGAUUACCACCACCACACCAUCGCCAGGACCAAGUAGAACUUCGAGGGACACAAGGAUUAGUGAAGAUGGUUCUGCUCUGACUAAAACCACCAGUCGUGACAGUGAGAUGAGUAGAGCACAGAGCGGCACCAGCGGCGGCCGCCGCAAUCGUUUCUUCAAUCGUGGCCGAAGCAAGCUUGGCACCUCGGAAGAAGGGACCAGUCUCGAUGACCUCGAAGCCGGCCACCGGAAUAUCAGAGCUGCCGAUAUGCCGGACAUUCCUGAAGCCUCUGGUUCCAAAACUGUCAACUGGGGUCUGGAAACUGAGCAGUUGAUGCAUGGAGAUGACUCGAGGGGUAGAAACAGGGGCGAUACCUUCGAGUCGGUGGGAAGUACACCUAUAGAUCCUAGGACUGGAAUUGUAAGUCCGCAGGCCAUUGCGACUGAUGGUGCGCUGGAGAGAGGAGAUGUACCGAUAAGUGCACCGAAAAGGGCGAUGACGGAGGAGAGCAGCAAGCACGCGUAA